AUGAGUUUACCAGAAAUCCAAAAAAUCGCCGUGAUCGGCGCAACAGGUCGUCUCGGCGCUCCAGUCACCGCUGAAUUAUCCAAAAAUUUUGACGUUCGCGCCCUUGUUCGGUCGCCUGAAAAAGCGAAAAAAAUGUUGCCAGACAAUGUCGAGAUUGUAAAGGCAGAUUUGCACAAUGUUUCUGAGCUGCACGCGGGUCUCGACGGUGUCGACGCAAUCUAUCUUAAUCUCUCAACUGACACCGCGGACGAGACACUUCCCUUUUACCAAGAAAGAGAAGGUGUUCAAAACGUUAUUUCCGCUGCAAAAGGCCUUGGCAUUCAAUAUAUCGCGAAAAUUGGUUCUUUAGGAGCGUAUCCGCCAGCGGUGGAAAAAAUCAAGAACAAUGUGGUACCAAACCUUAUUCGUAUGCAAGGUCACAAAAUUAUUGCCGAAUCUGGCAUUAAACACACUUUUUUCGCACCUACCCAUUUCAUGGAACUGCUGCCGGUCAUGAUUGACAAAGGUGCACUUCAAUGGAUUGGAAAUACUGAUGUGAAAAUUUACUGGAUUAGCGUUGUGGAUUACGCGAAACAGGUAGUUAAAGCGUUUCAAAAUUAUACGAUAAUGCCAGAGCACUGUGCGAUUCAGGGGCCAGAGGGUAUACCUGUACGCGAAGCACUGGAAAAAUUUGUUGAAAAUUACGACCCUUCGCUCAAAAUUCGCGUCGCACCUCUUUGGGUCAUGAAACUAAUGGGUCUCUUCAAUUCACAAAUGAAGUUCUUUGCCCAUCUUUUCGAAUAUUUUGGAAACCAUGAGGAUGCGUUUUAUGCGGGCGAAACCUGGGAGUUACUAGGGAAACCAACCACGACCCUUGAGACCUUUGCCAAAAAUCUCCGUAAGAACAAUGCCACGUAG